CUGUUAUCGUCAAAGAAAUGCCAGCCCACUUCUUAUAGCUCGCUCUCCCUUUUUUUCGCUCUCUCUCUCUCACACACACACCCCCUCCCUCCACCACUUUCUCUCGUGCAGCCGAGGCACUUUAUCGUCUCCAAAGCUCGUCUCCAGAAGCAUGUCCUCAGACAUGCAGCCACGGUGCGAUGAAGCCGACCAAAAGACGCCACCAGCCUGACGGUAUGAAAGCAGUGGCCAUGGCGUUAGACCAUGAAGCUGGAGCCAGACACGCUCAUCGCUUCCUCCAGUCAAAGAAAGUCUGCGUGGUGCUAGGCUGAACGCACACUUCUCCGAAUAUGUCAACCGAGCACAAGAAAGCCCAACGGACCGCUUAACACUCGCUGUUCCAUCUGAGUAGGAGGUGGCAACAAAAGACCAAAUGCCAUGGAUGUAUUCAAUUUCACAUACUGGAAUGCCUCUGAAGGCAAUGACACAGAAGUUGUGGAAGAGAAGGAAAGCGCCUACAAGACUGUGGAGGUGGUGUUCAUCGUCUUGGUGGCCGGUUCGCUCAGUCUGGUUACAGUUAUUGGAAAUAUCCUGGUCAUGCUAUCCAUCAAAGUUAAUAGGAACUUACAGACCGUCAACAACUACUUUUUAUUCAGCCUUGCAUGUGCUGACCUCAUUAUUGGACUGUGCUCCAUGAACUUGUACACAGUCUACAUAGUAAUAGGCUACUGGCCCCUGGGGCCGGUGGUGUGUGACUUGUGGUUAGCCUUGGACUAUGUUGUCAGCAAUGCGUCUGUCAUGAAUCUUCUCAUCAUAAGCUUUGACAGAUACUUCUGUGUCACCAAACCCCUCAGCUACCCCGUCAAAAGGACCACCAAAAUGGCGGGAAUGAUGAUUGCUGCAGCCUGGGUCCUAUCUUUCAUCCUCUGGGCCCCUGCUAUUCUCUUCUGGCAGUUCAUUGUCGGCGGACGGACAGUACCUGAGAAGGAGUGCUACAUCCAGUUCUUUUCCAAUGCUGCUGUCACUUUUGGCACAGCCAUUGCUGCCUUUUACCUGCCCGUCAUCAUCAUGAUUCAGCUCUACUGGCAGAUCUCCAGAGCGAGCAAAAGCCGCGUGAAGAAGGAUAAUCGCAAGCCCUCAGGAGCCAACCCAGAACCUGUGUCACCUGGUCAGAGGGGGAACAACUCACCAAAACCCAACAAUAACAAUGUGCCAGGGGAGGAUGCAGGGCAUUCCCAGAACCAGAACACUGAGGAUGGGGCUAACCAGCAUGAUGGCAAACUGCAGAAUGGCAAAGGACCUUCCUCCACCACCGCCGAGGGAGAAACCGAGGGUGACGAUGCGGCAAGGGAGAACUGUGCUCCUGGAGAGGAGAAGGAGAGCUCCAAUGACUCCACGUCUGGCAGUGUGGCUGCUUCCAACCAGAAGGAUGAGGAACCUGCACCAUCCACGGCCAACUCCAGUGCCGAAACAAGCCAGCCGCUCCCUCGUCAGCGGGCCAAGGCCGGAGGCUCCAAGCUGACCUGCAUCAAGAUCAAAACUAAAUCACCCAAGGGCGACUGCUACACGCCAUCUAAUGCCACCGUCGAGAUUGUCCCGACCUCGGAGCGGCAGAACCACGUGGCACGGAAGAUCGUGAAGAUGACGAAGCAACCGCCAAACAAGAAGAAGAAAGGGCCACCAUCACGGGAGAAAAAAGUUACCCGCACCAUAAUGGCCAUCCUGGUAGCUUUUGUAGCCACCUGGACUCCUUAUAACGUGAUGGUGCUUAUUAACACCUUUUGCUCCAGCUGCAUCCCCAACACAGUGUGGACUAUUGGUUACUGGCUGUGCUACAUCAACAGCACCAUCAACCCGGCCUGCUACGCGCUGUGCAAUGCCACAUUUAAAAAGACAUUCAAACACCUUCUCCUCUGCCAGUAUAAAAAUAUUCGGUCGGCCAGAUAAAUACAGGCCACUUGGGAGGAAGCACUGAAGUAUGAGUUGCCUCUGUGUGUGUUCGUGUGUCCUCCAUAAAUAUGUGUAUGAGUGUCUGUGGCAGAGGUUCAUAUGGUAAAGACUGCAAGAGUACAUUUAAAAAUCACUUUCCAUCCUUUAAUCAUUAGUUUUCCAGUUUCUCUCAAAAACCGGUUGUAGCACUUUACACAAAUCCAACUGAAGCCAGUUGCAUUGAGAUGUGUUGUGCAGGAGCAGCAUAGAUAAGGAAGGCUGUGAAAAAAUCUGUGUUAUUGAGAGUUGUAAGCUCAAAAAAACGAGUGCGUGUUAAACAGGGAAUGACAAUCGGCUGAUUAAAAAAAUGACAAAGAGCAGAGGAAAUAAUCUGCGCUGUACGAAAACACAGGAAAACUUCAAAAUGGGAAAAUAGGGCUGACUGAAUUUACAAACCUCAGAAGUUUUAAGUUCAGUGAAGACACCUGUAGAUAACUGUACAUAUCGGUGUAUAUUCUAUGUAUGUGUGCACACAUAGGUGUGUGCUGGCUCUGCGUUUGUGGUGCACACCCACUUGUGCCCCUCUGCCUGCCUUCUGUCGGUCUGUGAUCAUCAUCAUGGCACUUCCAACCAGCAACAUGUAGAAUCAGUUUGGGCCUUUUUCUGUGUAGAUUGCCUCUGACGUGUUCACAUCAGGACAGGAAGCUAUUCCAUCCAACAAAGAGUCCCAAUGGGAAUGAGAUGCCAUCAAUAGAUGACUAAAUAUAUUGAAGUUUCAUUUGUUAGCUUUUGACAUUGACCCGAACAACUCAUUGCCAGAAAUAACUAUGAGCCUAACAAUAGGGGUGAAUGCAACUUUUUUGCACUUACAGCAUUGAAAAUACCUCUGUUUUAGUAAUCAACUAUAUAUUUAUUCAAAAAAAUGGCAUACUGAAGUACAACAAUUCAUUUGGUCCUGUCUAACUGAGGAUGGACCCCCCCAUCGUAAACACAUUCUCACGACAACUCGUCACACACAGAUGCCUGGUCAUGACCCUUGCCAUGAAUUUUAAUCGCACCGACUACCACUAUAGUGUAUUAUUUCAACAUUUUUGGGUGAAGUAGUGCAUUGAAUAUCAUUUAGGCUGGUAAGGCCCAUUGCACAUCCCAGGUAGCACCAUUAUUGUUUUGCAUUCGUCACUUUACUGAAGCCAACCAUUUCAUAGGAUAAAUCUGGAAUGAAUUAAACAUUCAGACAAAUGACGUGCAGUGGGUGAUUGUCCCAGUGAAUUAUAGCACAUUUUUAAUAAUAAAAUGCCACUGGGUGGAAGUCAUUAACCGCCACAGAAAUCUCUGUCAUGGUGGCCCUCUGCCAACUAAACACCACAACGCUCUGUCCUUACCAAUGCAGAACUCCCCGUAGUCCGAGCCUCAAAACAAAUCAAUUGUAGUCCUCCACCUCAUCAUGUAGCAAAAGGCUCAACCUGGUGGUGCAGCCAGUUACUACAUCUAACGCACAAUUUUUUUUGAUGUGCAUGCCUUUAAUCAUCUGCCUAUCACCUAAUAUAGUGACAAUGGAUAAAGCAGUCAUUAGCAACCCUACAUAGUUCACUUUUUGUUCAUCUUUUUUGCCACUGUUUGGUUAAGUUUAGACAACAAAAUUACUUGGUUAGGCUUUGGUAAACUUUCUAGUUUGCUUUAAAAUAACUUUUUUCUAAAGAUUAACAAGACAAAAUCUUCCCAUCUCUUCUAUUUUCAUUCCUACUACUGUGACAGGUCCUGACACAUCUACCAUAUGAUUAGUUCUAAAUAUGAGCAACAGUGACAACAGCAGAACAGUACAUUUAGAUAAUUGCACGCUAAUUGCAGCCUAUUCUGAAAGUUUUGUAGAAAUCUCUUGGAUUAACCUGCAAGUUGAAUUAAAAAGAAAAGCCGAAAGGGACAUGGUGUGUCUAACAUUGAUACCAUAAGAGUCAGGAAUAACUGUACGUCUGUGACAAGUUGGGAGUGAGAUUGAGUUGCCACAUUUGAAAGAAAUGCUCAACUUUUUGGAAAAUAUAUACCAGAGUAUCAGAUGGAUGGUUAGCUUCAUGUAGCAUAACGAAUGGACACAGGGGAGACUUCUAAUUCUUUCUGAUUAACACGCUAUAUCUGAUUUAUUGUUUUCUGAGGGCAGAUUUUUUUGUUUCCAUGUAGAUAUGUUCUUGUCACUGCACCCAUCCACACGUAACCGUCAUGAAUCUACUACAAGUUACAUGUUUCGGAUUAAAAUUCAUUCUUAAAAACACCAAUUUGCUGAAGACAGCCUUUCGUGUACCAUUGCGGGGAAUAACCAAACAGCUGUAAGUGUAAAAACAAACAGACCCAACAACAACAGCUGUGACUAAACCAAAAGAAGAAGAAGAAACGUGUCAUGAGAUUGUUCAGUCGCACUCUUUGAUUUUGCCAUCCACACGCAAACCGCAUCACUUCGGCUUUUACUGCUGACAGGAUGUCGGAUGUUUAUUUUAUGGCAGCUAUUAAGAUAUUUAUGUUUGCAGUCAAGUUACCCAACACUGCGAAGAACCCGCCUGCUCAGUGAGUGAAACAGGUGGUUGGAGCUCAGAGCUGUCCUUUAUUAUUUCUGUCUGUGGGUUGGAAAGCAUUUUGCGGUGUUUGCUUUUGUGUGCGUGUGUGGAUGAGUGAGUGGGAGACGUGCUUUGAUUCUACUUGAUUAGUGGAUUGAUGUCACAGAGUGUAGUGUACAGUACAGAUGAUGAUGAUUGUGAAGGUGUGUGUGGGUACCCAUGCGUGAGGUGUGUGUGUGUGUGGGUAUCGAUGCUGACGCGUGUUUGCGUUGCUCCAAGAAUGGAGUUUACUUCUGAUCACAGGUCACUGCCUCGUGAUUGAAAAAAGGGCUAUUUCUCCGUCUUUAGAUGUUCUGUGGCUCAUUCUCUUUGUUAAUUUCAGAACAACUAACAUUUAAUUACCUCUAUGGAAACCCCCUUUCUUAAAUUACACGCGAUAAACAGUUUAGUGUUUGUCUUAAUGACGGAAGAAAUUAGAAAAUAUCAAUUUGCUAUAAGACGUGUUCUGCGUAUUCAUGCGUGUCAUCCGUCAUUUCAGCUCAUUAGACGAUUCUCAGCUACAGUAAUGCAUGCUCACCAGUUGUAGUGAUGAAUAUGUAGGAGCAUUUUGCCAUCAGGAGGUUGCCACAGUGGCUGGUAGGGGGGCUUUGUAAAGAAUUACGCCUGCACCAACAGCUCCUCAAGGCUCUCAUUUUAAAGAGAGAUCUGGGACGGAUCCUAUAAUGAAAACUCACCAAGAGGCUGAUCAGAUUAUGGGACGAUGUGGAACACCUACAUUUGAGAUGAAAGACUGCCCAUUAUACGCUCAGCUUGUGCUACACGGCCAUGCCCCACUUAGCGCUCCGCUCGGUCCUGAUCCUGUUAUAGUCUCUAACUCUUCUAAGGUCACGAAUGUAAUGUAAAUAUCACAUGUGCAGUCAUAAACCCGCUCUAUUAUUCAUUAGUAUUUCUUUCUCCUGCUCCACUUAUUGCCUUCUUUGCUUCAAAUAGCACGUCGGCUCUCCAGUUCAUAUCGGUGGUUGCAGGAGUAUUCAGAUUCUGCACUUGAGCAAAAUGCCACAGAGGCGUCCUCUGCUGAUUUGACAUGUCCAAGUCAGUUUACUGGUGUCAGAUCAGAUUGCACUGCCUGUGAAAAUGGCUGCAUAAUGUCUUCUGUGGUUCUGGAGGAGAUGUGUCAAGUCUGAUCAAAUUCCUCAAGUGAUGCCGCACCCAGGUGACCAGACUCAGGCCUGGAAGACUAUUUUACUAAACAAACAGCCUGUGCUGGGACUAUGAGGUUUAAAACAGCACUGUUAUAUUGAAUAAUGUGAAGUGUAAGACACUUUAUAUCAUCUGGUUAGUUAUUGGAGUGUGACCUCAGGCUGCAUUAGUGUCGGCCAUUUUUGUUCUACUGUGCUGGACCCUUAAUUUAAUGAACAUGUAGGCCUGAAUGAAUUUGACGAUUAACCCUCUGAACCCUAAGCCGGGUCUGGGCAUGUCACUUUUUCACUCAUGGUGGGCUCAUUUUUUCAGAGCAUUGCAAAUUCAUACACCUCUUUUGAAGCAACACAACCAUGACUAGAGGUAGAGGGAACUCAAAACUAUAGACUGUGCAGUGUAAGAUAGUUAAAAUGGCAUAAAUCUUAAGAAAGAAAGAAAAAGUUACCAAUACUGAUGGGAAGUAUGAACUCUACAUACAUUUUUGUUUCCAUACUUCCACAACCAUUUAAAAGUUUGGGGUCACUUGGAAAUGUCUGUUUUUUUUUAAAGAAAUGCUUUUUAAUCGGGAAAUACAGUCUAGACAUUAUGAAUAUGGCAAAUGACUAUUCUAGCUGGAAAUUUCUAAUGGAUUAUCUCCAUAGAGGUACAGAGGAACAUUUCCAGCAACCAUCACUCCUGUGUUCUAAUGUGUUAGCUAAUGGUGUUGAAAGGCUCAUUGAUGAUUAGAAAACCCUUGUGCAGUUAUGUUAGCACAUGAAUGAAAGUGUGAAUUUUCAUGGAAAAUCUGAAAUUGUUUGGGUUACCCCACACUUUUGAACGGUAGUGUAUCACUCCACUAAAACACAGCCUGCAGUUCAGCCAAGAAGUCCCAUCAUUUUCAUCGAAGCAUGAUGGCUUCACAGCUGCAUCUAGGAGGGUGGAAUUUUUAAUGAAAUAUCAGUCUUUAGAAGUCCGUGUCAGAGAUGAGUAGUUCAAAUCUGACCAUUUUUUCCCCCAGUUUUUACACUUGGAGGUUCUGUGUAAUGGUGUCAUUUUGACACUUUUUAAAGAACACAUGGCUUUGAAACCUACUGGUGAGUUUAGGAGUUCAGAGACGUAAUUGUUAACCCAGACUAUAUCAAACUGACUGAGAAAAUAAUCAACAAAUGAAUGAAUUGAGUUGCAGCUCCAUGAAUUUGCAGUACUGGAUGGCUUGAACAUUCCUUUUGGUGAAAUCAUAUAGGAGUUAGCAAAGUGUGCUUAAGUAUCAAACGCACAUGUACUUACAGGCAGAUUCAAAUUCAGUGCACUUUUUUUUUGCUCAGUUCAGUAAAUAUCUUCUCACAGUCCACUAGAUGUCCAUAAUGUGUGUGCUGAAAAAUAUCCUACAUUACGCUGUAAAUCUAUGCCACUCUUUAAAUAUUUAUAGUGUAGAGUCAUACUAGUGGUAAAUGUGUAAACUUGUAGCAUUAAAUGUUGAGUACAUUGCAAACCAACACAAAGGGGGUCCUCGACUUACCGUUGGCUAUGGCCCACAGUAGUCUGUGUGAAGGCUCAAUAAAUGACCAGAGAACCAGAUGAAGUCUCACUCAUUCAUCACAGAAUGCCACUACAAUAUGUUACACUGUUUUUGCAGCUUGACUGUUGCUCACACCCUGGUCCAAGCAUAUCUAAUUUAACUUCCAUGGAGGUGGAUUCCCUUUUCGUUGAAGCACUCCCAUCAGAAGAGUCUGACUUACACUUGGGAGCCAUAAUGAAGGGCAAAAAGUGAGAAAAUGUAACACAAUCCAAGGUGGUGUACAACCAGUGAAUGUAAACAAAGCCGCCUGAUAAGAUGCGUGACGAAGUAAUCGUCCGCUCUGCUUAGUUCCAACCAGGUCCAACGUGAUGAUGAAACACCGUAGGUCGAUGUCGUAAACCGAGGACCCCCUGUAUUUUUCAUAUGCACAGUUUAGCAGUCAUGACUCAUCACUCAUUGUCGUCUUCUGCAAAACUUAGUAGAAUUACAAAGUAGCAUAACAUAUCCUAACAGAAAAGUAUCUCAAAGUUUUAUUUAUAAGUACAUAGCUUUUACACGUCGUCGUCCUUCCACUCCCGUUCCUCGAUCACGGAUGGUCCACAUUUAUCUGAGAAGCUUCAGCAGGAACUGAGGCAUCCAUCCGAGUUCAUCAUCCAACCAUCCGUCACGGUGAUAAGUGGAGCCACGUCUGUCUGACAUCUGUCACACAUCUCAGUAGUGAGCAAAGAGCCUCCCAGAAUAUCUGAUUAAUCUUCGCUAAGCUGUCGUUUGAGUGAUACCAGCGGGGGAGUAAGUGGCUCACAGCUCGAGCGGUGGUCCAGGGGUCUCAGUUUGAGCAGCUGCUUGGGUGUUUGAUGAAAGGUGAUGGCAGUUUAUCACCUCCUGGAGCGGCGAAACGCUGUGAUGCAUUCGGAACGCCCCCUCCCCCCCAAAAGUGCUUACCGCAGUUGUCACCAUCUUGUGCACUUUGCAGGUGAGGGCCAGAGUUCUCGUAAACGGUUUCGCUCAUCCGGGUCUUGUUGCCAAGCUGUUGAACAGAUGAGAACAGGCCUUGUCUGGAAAUAAAAUGGGAGAGGCUCGUGACAGAACCAGAGAGCGUUGUUGGGUGACAUUGAAAGAUUACUGCUUACGUGCAUGCAAGGGGAGAAAACUGGCUGAUGGCCCCAAGGGGCAUUUUGUACAUAUGAAACAGAUAAGCUGUAGUCAUGGUUACAAGGGAAGUUGAGGGAAAGAGGGGGGAAGCUGGGGUGUCUGUCAGCGACGAUAUCCAAAGCUCGGGGAUCACACAGCAAGUGGACCAUGUUUGGAGAAGCUAUUGCUGCUAUUACUGCGCGGUUCAGCCAAAGGUUUUUGCAGCUGGAAUUUGAGUGUCUCAGACGAAACCUGCCGCCGGGUGUAAACACAGUGUGAUCCAGCACCUUUUUAUUGUCUCAUUCUACUGUUGUGCGAAUAAAGAUGCAUCAUUUCUCACCUUUGCGGUUAUAGGGUCGUAACGUUUUACGAGUCCAUUUUGCAUUCGUAUGUGGGUGUCCAUCUGUCUGACAUGACUAAAAUAAACAGUCUCCUGUUGUAAUCAACGGAUCAUAAUGUGCCGUCAGAGCUAGCUGGGCUCCUGUUCAUACGGCUUAUGUCAAAGGGCUACGCUCCUUCUACGGAGUACAUACGACAUGUAAUCAGAGACGGCUGCAAAUUUCAAGCUUUCUCUGGCUUCACUCUUGGGACUGUUUCGCUUGAGAAUAAUCUGAACGAUCUUGAGCAGCCGUGGAGAUGUGGAAAAAAAGAUUGAGCGGCUUGUCCACGCUGUGAGAAGAAAGCAUAUAUCGCCGGAUUGUACGGAGCAAUUUGAAGUGCCUUAUCGAUGGUGACAUAAACAAAUUGCUCUUUUAUCCUUAAAAUCCCCCUGUUGUAUCUUCAGAGUGUCUGAGCUGAAAGUUGUGGAUUGUGCAUUAAGGAGUGUGUUAUUCAGCCUCUUUUCUUCUUCUUCUUUUCCACAGCUCUGAGCUCCCAUUACUGUAAUUUCCAUCUUAACUCUGACCGUCUGAUUGCAGAGGCGAGGAAAGUUUAGACUGAACAAUCUGAAAUGAUCAUCGCAAGGCCUUUUCGAAGUAAUUUAUCCCCCCAAAAAAGUGACACAGUUCAAUGCUAUCUUGUGAGCACAGGGGGGCUGUUUUUGAUUGAUUCCCCCUCCAGUAUGCCGUAUUUCUUAUAUAAGAAAUUGUGCUUCCCUGUGCAAAACCUGUGUGUCAUCAUGUCUGGAUCGGCGCUGUCAUUCCAGUGUGUGUGUGUGUGUGUGUGUGUGUGUGUGUGUGUGUGUGUGUGUGUGUGUGUGUGUGAGAGCAUCUCGCUGUGUGGCGUUUUAUUUUUUCUAAAUGGCAUCCUGAGCAUGAAGACAGCAGAUUGGACAAAAUAUCACGGCACACAUCAGGGAGGCUGCACGCGGCGUGAUUGUCUCCGUCAUCACUCCUUCCUCUUUAAACAAUUCUUUCAAUAGUAACAAGCUUCCAAAGACUCACUCAGACACUACUGGAAUACGUGUAGAUACAUGAUUAUCCCACAUUUUCUAUCACAUUUUUGUAAAUCUGCUUGUACAAAGUCAAAAUGUAGAAUUACAAAUGAGAUUAUGUUCAGUGUACAGCCAGAAGUUUCCUUUUUUGGGGGAAAAAUGUUAUUUAAAAUCUUUACAGAUAUGAAUAUUGUGGAUUAUGAAAGUAAAAAGUAUAAAUAUAUGUGCAUUUUUUUGGAUUCCUGUGUUGCAAGAAUGAAACGAGCAACUGGAUCCAACUUUUUUUCCCCACAUUGGAGCUGCUUUCCAGGGGAUUUGAAGCGAUGAGUGACUUCUGCAGCCAGAAAGAGGGGGAAAAAAAUGACUUGGAAACCUGAGAGGAGCACAAAAAAAAGCUAAAACUAGUUUCAGCGUGGCCCAAAAGCCCAGCGGCAAGGGCUUCAUUUUGAUUUUCACCUGUAAAUUUAUGAGGCUUCGCACUCACCUCGGGAAGAAGCUGGACACACUUUCUAACUUUUGCAAUUUUAACACCCCGGGGAGAAGGUGUUUUUGUCGAGCAACCCGACGUGUGGUGAAGGAUUUGAGUCGUUUGGCCCCGUCCGAACUUCAAGGGGUCGCGUGGAUUUAAAAAGUUGGCAAAGAAAAAAAUGUUUUAAAAAAAACAAACAAAAGAGAAAUCAGUAGCCUGCUGCAAGUGUUAAAUGUACAUUCAGGUGUUCUUUUUUUUAUUUUUCAUUUGCUUCUGUACGUAGAUGUUCACGUGUAUUCACUCACUGUGGCUUGUGGCUUCUCUUGCAAUAGGAAAAAGUAAAUUCAACAGUCUAUUGUUUGCAUUGUAUAUAUCUAUAUGACAAUACAUUCUGUGUAAUUCAGAUGCGGUACAUUUGAAAUGUACAUACACAUGUUUAAUAGCUACUAUCUGAAUGUUUCCCUCCCCUAUACCUCCCCUCUCCUCAUUUAUUCUCCCUUCCCUUUUCCUCCCCCCACUAGGAUACUCCCUGUACAGUAACAAUGGUAUUGAUUUCCGUUUUGAUGCAUUCUUGAUUGAUUAUUUGUUCCGGACAAUGACUCUGAGUGUUAUCAUCACCGGCCACCUAUGGCACUGUAAAAAUGAUCAGUGGUUACAUUGUGCCAUAUUCCUCUCAGAAUGAAAUUCCAAUAAAAAUGUAUGAAAUGUG